CAAAGAUGUUUAAAAAUAGAGAAAACCUGAGUGCUUAUCCGUGUAACGCCACUGUAUAUAAUACACAUCUUCCCUCUCGGUUAUCUACAUAUUACUUCUAAAUUUAAAAGAAUAGAAGAAGGCCAUUUCAAAUAACCAAACAACACAAUGAAUCGUCUCUCGUGUUUUCUUCUCACAAUUGGAUUGUGCAUAGGUUUGAGCAGCGCAAAGUGGAAUGAAAAAAACUCCGUGCACUUUAAGAACUCUCUUGGUCGAAACAAUAUUUUGAAGAUUAAUUGUAUAUCAAACGACGACGAUCUAGGCUUCCACUUUCUACGACCUGGAGAAACCUACGAAUUCAGUUUUCAUGAUAGUGUUUUUAAAACAGAAUUCUUUUGUGACCUAUGGCAAGGGCCAAAUUUCAAGUUCCAUGCAGGGUUCACUGGAUAUGUAGGUGGUGGUCUUAUAGUUCAUUAUGGUAAAAAGAAUUUUUGGGAUGCUAGAGAAGAUGGAAUUUACUUCACACAUGGCCACAAAACACCCAAGUUAGAAUACACGUGGAAAUAACAAUUUGCUCAUUUUGGAAAGAAAACAAAAAAGAAAGAUUUAUUGUGUAUUGUGGAAGGGAAACCUUUGUAAUAAAUAAUCAAUGCACAUUUAUAUAUAAAUGUACUUAUUAUAUAAGUGAAGAACUGUGUAUAAGUAAUGCUUUCAUAACAUUGACUUUCGCUUUUGUCAA